GCUGGGGAAGGAGUGAGAUCGGCGGCCAGAAUGACUUCACUGCUAUUCUCCAAACGGCAACGUUACCGGUGCGACCUCUAACCAGCUGCGAGAGAGACUUCGAUUUCGAGGAGUUGGGCCUGGAGGGACGCAUCUGCGCUGGAGCCGGCCCCAACAGCUCUGACACGUGCCGUGGUGACUCUGGCGGCCCCCUCAUGGUGCCAGUGCGACAGGGCGUCCGGUGGUACCAAACGGGCAUUUCGUCGUUCGGCACGGGCGAAUGCGGCAAGCUCGCGGGCUACACCAGAGUCCUGGACUACACCGACUGGAUACUGGAGCAGCUUCGGAUGCCUUAAAGGGGACAUCCUGCACCAGGCCUUCAUCACCUUCAACGCGGAUGCGCGUUGUUUACCAAAAUGCGCGGUAUGUGCGGCAAACGAAAGCCUCCCACUCCUCGGAAGGGAAAAUUGUGAUAGCAGACCAUCAUGAAUUGAGGAAAAUUGGCAGGAUUCUUUCUGUGGCAUGAAUGCAGAAGCGCAAGCAUAUGCAUGCACAUGCAUCAGAGGCCUUGAAGACAUUGCGCGGUGCUCUAGUGGUGAAUCGAUCGGCGCCCGUGGCGCUCAGGGCCUGGUUAUGGUCUGAGGUAGCGUGUGUGUUUAUCUAGCCAACUACUCAUUGGCUUGUCUAGAUAUUGGCUCUGUGGUCGUUUGCAGGGAAGCACAGGGGUCGUUCACGAAAGCCUGGUUCGCCUGCAAUAGGAAUUUUGGUUUCCGAUAGGUGGCUAACUCAUGGUUAUAACAAGUUAUCUGCUUGGACUCGGACGCGUAGCGCGAUGUUGUGCAGUCAUGCUGGGUGUCAUGGUGAAAUGCUUUGAAGGCCUGUUUAUGCGGCGUUAUGAGUUUACAAAGUGUAUGCUGAAACUAGUUGGAUUUCAAUAUACCGGGAGGUUCUGUUUAAACGACGUUGUCAAGCAAGGAUCGGUUGUUAUGGCAACUCAACCUUUGGUAGCCACGCCCAUAAUCACGCUUAUGUAAAAUUUUGCGCAAAAUAUCAUGCAAUAACUAAAACGUGCAAUGCAGAGAACACUCUGAAUCUGUGCAAAUACUGCAUGAUAUACACAUCAAAAUACUGAGUUAUUCAAAUUCUCACGUCAUGACACCGGAACACACUACGAUGACCCAUACCGUGCAUGAAAUUUGUCGCCUAUUUAUGCAACGCAAACUCGUAAAUAACAAACUAUCGCAAACCGCGACCAUUGCACGACCAUCACGAAUAUUAAAGUCAUUCAAGGUCUCACACCCUGACACAAAAUAUGCAAUUCUAUGGUGAGAGCUGCCCGAAUGCUUAUCCUGGUCAUCGAAACCUUUCGUCUUGGCCACGCGUUUUUAUGGUUGGUGGUGAGCAGUCAACUGUUUCGAGCCCGAUGU